AUGCAUUUUUCCUUAUGCUUGGAAGCUCUUCUGGGCGUUGGCCUCACUGCUGCCGCGCGUAGCAGUAGUUCAAUCCCACCUAAGAAUGAGUCCAUAAUUCCCGGCGCUUUCAUUGUCGAGUUCAUGGCCGGCCACGACCACACCUCCUUCUAUAGCAGCCUCGCGCUUGACGGUGUAGAUAUCAUGCCGCGGAUGAACAUGUCUUUCAAGUUGUUCAAUGGCUCCUCUUUCUCCAUUGCGGACCGCCGCGGCCAUGCAACCCCGACACUGGCAACUCACGGACUGCGUGGCCGUGUCCGCGACACGCCCUUCCCAAACGUUGAUGAUUUUGGGCAUGCUUCAAAACAUGAGGAAGCUACUGCCGCAGGAAACCACUCUUACUCCCCCCAUUCGAUGACCCAGGUCGACCGCCUGCACGCUGCAGGGUACACCGGGAAAGGAUCUCGGAUAGCAAUCAUCGACACCGGAGUUGACUACAAACACCCUGCGCUGGGAGGGUGCUUCGGCAAGGGAUGCGUGAUUUCUGGCGGUUACGACCUUGCGGGUCACAAAUAUGACGGUAACAGUCCUCCUGAGCCGGCUCCUUAUCCAUACGAUAGCUGUAACGGCCACGGCACCCAUGUGGCUGGAAUCAUCGGCGCGAGGCCCAACAAAAUGGGGUUCACGGGCGUGGCCCCCGGAGCGGCUCUUUCAAUGUAUAAGGUUUUCAGCUGUGUGGGGCUCGCCUCCUACUCAUCCACCGACGACAUUUUAAUCGCUGCAUUCAAUAUGGCCUAUGAGGAUGGUGCCGAUAUCAUCACCGCCUCGAUUGGUGGGCCCGGCGGAUGGAGUGAAUCCCCGUGGUCUUCAGUUGUCGGACGUAUUGUGGAGAACGGCGUUCCUUGCACCCUUGCAGCCGGAAACGAUGGGUGGUUAGGGCUGUGGACGCCCAGUCAGGCCGCCGACGGCAAAGGCGCGACUGCCGUAUCGUCCUUCGAUAAUGUGAGAUCACCUUACAUUCUGUACAAGGGUAGCUACUCGACCAAUUCGUCGUCUUUUGGGUCAAGUUCCGGUUCGGCCUCGAAAUCCUUUGGAUGGUUGCCUGGCUACCCAAGAUUUGUUGAGAAUCUCACCCUGCCCCUCUUUGCUACCAGUCGGAACGCCAGCGUGGAGGACGAUGCAUGCGCUGCUCUUCCACACGAUACGCCGAUUCUAUCAAACCUUGUCGUUUUGAUUCGGACGAGCAAAGCUUGCAGCAUUCAUCGGCAACUGAAGAACGUGUUGGCCUACAAUGCACGAAACAUUCUCUUCUAUGGCAAUUCUGUAGAUGAGCUCUUGCUUUUCAACAGCGGCGGCACUGGCAUUGCUGCCGAAUUUCGGUUAAACGGAUUAGGUUUCGUACUUCCUGAGCAAGGUGUAGAGUGGGUAGGCCUGCUGGACAGAGGCUUAGGCGUGCGCGUAUCCAUAUUCGACGAGUCAAAUGCGGAAUACAUGUUGACGGAAACCAAAAAUGUUUUCACAGGAGGGUUUGUAAGCGAUUAUACAAGCUGGGGCCCAACCCUCGACCUAGAUGUCUUCCCUACACUUGGCGCUCCGGGCGGCAACAUACUCUCUACCUACCUCCGAAGCGAAGGCGGUUACGCAGUCAACUCCGGUACAUCAAUGGCCACACCAUUUAUGGCGGGGGUCUUUGCCCUUGUCGGUCAAGUACGUGGUACCAUGAAUCCCACGGAGUUGUUACAAUAUAUUUCCACUACGUCCAGGGCUCAACUAUGGAACGACGGGACUGGGACAUUGAACGGUCUUGCCCCGGUCCCUCAACAGGGGGCAGGGCUGGUACAAGCGUAUGAUGCGGCAUUCACGACAACGCAAAUUAAUUCCAAAGGUAUAUCCUUCAAUGACACAGACAACUUGCGAAUUGCGACCUUUACCAUUCGGAACAUGGGGUCUGAAACUGUGACGUACAAGCUUAGCAACAGUCCUGCUCUGAGCAUGCUCACAUUCGGCAAGCAUUCCAAUCGCCCACUGGACUUUCCAAACGCCAUCAUCGCUACGACUGCGGAUCUGCGCUUUUCCAACACUUCUGUGAGAAUACCACCAAAUGGACGCGUCAACAUCACUGUGAAACCUACUGUUGCGGAAACCCCUGGAUUGAGGCCAGGGCUCUUGCCAAUAUAUUCGGGGUACAUAGCUAUCAACGGGUCGAACGGCGAGAACCUGUCUGUACCUUACUUCGGCGUGGUCGGAAGUAUGUACAACACGAUAGUGAUGACCAGAAACGACCAUUCGUCUUAUUACUGCCCGGCAGACGCGUCCUCCUCCUUUGGAGACAAGACCACCUUCACCGUGCCAUACCCAAGUUCGGAGAAAGUUAUGCUUGAACCAAACUUCGAAAGGCGUGGAAUGUACCCUUCGGUAAGUUUUAACCUAAAUCUUGGCACGCGCAUCCUCAGGGCCGAUGUCAUAGCCUUGUCAUCCAACUACAGUCGCCCGACGACAACAGUCUUGGGCCGGAAGAUCGCAGGCAGUGUCUAUGGCUUUCCCGAGCAGUACGUACCGCGCAUUCCCAAGUACGUGUACUUCACCGGAAUGCUGGACGACGGAACUAUCGUCCCUCAAGGCGAAUAUGCCAUCUCCAUCAAGGCGCUCAAGCUCUUCGGAGACCCGGAGAAACCUCAAGAUUAUGAGGGCCUCUUCGUGGACAAUUUCACACUAUUGUACCAGGAUUGA